UCCUAACGAUAUUAAUACUCCGAGGCAAAACAACAUGAUUUGAAUUGCCCUCAAGCGGCUCAAGUGCCGCUACAAGGUUUUUUCUCCAAUAGAAUCACACUGUUUUCAUAGUUUUCAAACACGUCUCCAUCGCGUAUAAGUAGCGUUUGCUUAGAAUAACGUCGUUUCUGUAUCUCACAAUCCUACUAAGUCUGUAAGUUGAUUUUGCGAGAAACGUUUUUCUGUAGUUGGUACACCAUUGUAUAAAUAUCUCAAUACCUGAUCGUGAUUUUUACAACCGCGGACACUAACAGAAAAUUAUUUUACGUGAAGAUACAAUUAUAGAAAUUGAUAAUUAUUCGACUAAUCAAAUUACGUCGGAUGAGAUUUAAAUUCUAGAGAAAAAUGGUGCGCCCGGGAGAAUAGAUGGCGCCAAACGCAAUGAUUCAAAUUAAACUGAAAAGUCGUUAUGUACUUUCGAGGGGCAAAACUUCUACAAUCCCGCUUGUGACACGAAAUGGAGAUCGUCGUUUCCCUUCGUUUAACGCAUUUUGCCAUUGAAAAAAGACACUAAUUUCUGUGACUUGUUUUAUCUCUGUUAUAAAAGUUUAUAUAUACAAUUUUGUAGUUUUUAUGCAAACGUAAACGAUUUUAAAUAUGGGUACUAGAUCAAAGGAUCGGAUCAAAGCAAUGAUUACCAAAGAUAUAUUGAAUAUACAUAAUUAUUGCUUGGAUGUUAAACAAUCUAUCAACGACAAUCUUGAAGAUACUUUAAAUUAUUUACGUGGUUUAAUUGCUCAAAUACCACAAUCAGCCUCUGGUCCUUUAAUUACAAAGACGCCGAAAGUUUUGAAGAAGAAAGGUAUUCAACGUAUAGAGACUAUCCCAGAAAAUGAUAUUAUCAAUAUUGAUAAUACAGUAUCAGAUUCCAUUGCAAUACAUGAUAAAACAGAAAAUAAAGAUAUAAAAACUGGGGAUGUGGUAGAGACAACAAUUGGCCGAACAAAAAGGGAGGCUUCAAGGAAGGCUGCAACUAAUAUUAAAAAGCAGCAGUCAAUGUCACUUGCUGCAAAAUUAAGAAGGCCGUUAACUCUUGACGAUGACAGUAAUAUAAAUAGGAAACGUGAAAGCCGAUCUAAAAGAAAGAAAAGUGCUAGAAGUAGCUCAGAUGAAGAAACUACGCAAGGCCCUACAAAAUAUAGUAAAACAGAACAGAGUGUUUUAAGCGAAACAACUUCACAGAGGAUCACAGGUACUUCACAGGAUCAUCUGUCUAUAAAAGAAGAUGGAUUGCAGCCAGAAAAGAUUGAACCAUUAAAGUCUUCAAUGACAACAAGAAGUAGUAAUAGAAAGAGAACUUUUUCACAGAGUGAAAACACGAAGGGUAAAAAUUUUAAUAUCAUUGAUGAUACAGUAAUUGCACCAACAGGAAAUGAUAUCGAAGAACCUUCAAUGUACGAGGAUGCACUUGAGAAACCUACUCCUAUUAUGAAUUCGACGAUGAACGUUAAUUCUACUUAUACGCAGAAGAUGAUGAACGCUACCGUAAUUUUAGAACCUUUAUCAGCAAUAAAAUUAAACGAAACUGUAGUAAUUAAUAAAAACUUGGCUAGUAGUAUAGGAAAAAAUAAUGAACAGAAAACAGUCGAACCAAAAGCUGAAUUUAUGUCGCCCAAAUUAGCUAAAUUUACAUCACGGUCGUCAAUAGCUUUGGAGGAGAAGAUGCAGCAACUAAAAGAAGCGAUGACAAACAAAGAGUUCGAUGAAUUACUCACAGAAGAUGAGUCAUCCCCCGAAGUGAAGAAGUCUAAAGGAAAUGUUAAGAAACAAGAAAUUAAAAAACGACAAAAGCGGCAGAACAGAUCCAUGACAUCGAGCGAAGAUGAAAUACUUAAUACUCCAACAAAACCAUCUUCGAAGGAAAAGAGUACAAUUGCAGGAUUAAAGGAAAUAAGAAACACGUAUAAAUCGAAUGCUCUGUUCAGUCCAUAUGCCAAGGAAUCUGUGAAAAAAAGAGUCGAGGCAUUUGAACAGGCAGGCAUGAACACUCCAAAGCUUGCUGUUCAUAUUGAUGCACCAACUAGAGUAACCAGAACAAAAACACGUGCUACUAGAGCUGCUGCACAAACAGAAGCUUCAGGAAAUGCGAAUAUUACAGAGAAAGCGGUUGUUCAAAAAUUAGCACGAAAGUCGCUUGCAAAAGCCAAAAAAAUUUCAUUAGCAAAACAGAAUAAGGAUGCCGAUGAAUAUAAAGAGAACAAAGUACAAUUAGAACAAAAGGUUAAUAAAGUAGUUUCUGUUGAGAAAAUGAACUACAAACAGCAACAGAAGACAACCCCAUUAAGCAAAAUAAGAACUCAGUUGCCAAUGUCUGUUAAUCGUGUUCCUCAUACUCCGGCGAAUCAAACUAAUAUGAAUCACAAUAGGGCUUUAAGUGCAACGCGUACAAAUAUUAUUACAUCGAUGGAAUCUUUAAUCCAAGCUCCAAAGUCAGUCAGUAAACGUAAUUCACUGGAUAAAAUGGUAGAGGAAAAGAAAAGAAAAUUGAACGACGAGGAUGCGAAGAGAAAACGUGAAGAAGCGCUAAGACUUCAAACGGAAGAAAGAAAAAGGAAAAGACAAGAAAAAGAAUUAAAAAAUAAGUUAGCCAGAGAGGCAAAAGAAAAACAAGAUAUGGAAAAACGUCAGAAAGCUGAGAAAGAAAGAGAGGAAAAAGCACGUUUAGCACAACAAAUGCAAGAAAGACAACGCGAAGAAAUGGAGAAGAAACGUUUGGCUCAGUUACAACGUGCUCAGGAAAAAGAAGAAAGAAGAAAGCAAGAGGAGCAACAGCGCCUACAACGUUUACAAGAACAAGAAGAAGCGGAGCGGGUAUUAGCUGAACAAAGACGUCGAGAACAGGAAGCUGAAAGGCGAAAAGAAGCCGAAUUAAGAGCUCAACAACAAGCUGCAGCUGAAGCAAUGAGAACUAAGCAUCUGAUGCUUAUAAAACAUGGCUCCAAACAGUGCGGUCCAACCACUUACGUUUUGGACAGUGAACCUGACGACGACGAAUCAGACGAUGAAUCCAAACCAAAGCACACAAUUCCAUAUUGGGCACAAUCGUACAUACGUAAAAGUCAACUUGCCAUGCAACGAUAUAUUCCGGAGAGAGCAGUCUAUAAAUUCUUUGGUAGCAGAAAGUGCACACCAGAUCUAACUCAAAUGUUUCAAAAUAUAGAUAGGAGUAGAUUACAACGAACGUCCAGUGCAAUAUGGAAGACACCGCCACGUUAUUCCAUGAUGGAAAACGAAUAAAAGGCAUAAUUAGUUAAACCGAAUGUUGUUGAUUUUAUAUUGUGACUUAAAGGAAGGAUAAUUGUCAUACCUUGCAUGUAAUAUAGAAAUGACGUUACAUUGUAAUUAUCAUUAAAAUAUGUAUGUGUUCUUAACAUAUCAAUGAACGUAAGGCUA